GGGCUCCGCCUGCGGGCAAAGUGCAAUCUGGCCCGCUCGGGGACACCUCGAGGUUUGCUCGAAAAUGGUUGUUUUGGGGGUGGUGCUUAUUCGCCCCUAUUUGUCUUAAUUUAAAGACAUUUGGGGAUUUUCUGCCCCAGAGAGACACUCUGACCGCAGCUGAGUUCUUUAGGCUGAGAUUUGUAUGUGUCAGGGCAUUUUUGAUGCUGCUUGUCAGAGGUGAUAAAUGGCCGCGUUAAUGGGGAGCCCCUGAAGCACCUGCCAGGCUGUCGGAGGCUGUGUCGGGGCGGGGGGUGGUGACACGCAAAUGAAACAGAGAUCUUGUUUGGAUGUUCUGCUGAAGUUAUGUUGCUGUUCACAUAUAGCAGUUCUAUAACAAGUUGAUAAAUCCAAUUUUGGGGCUUUGUAAUAGAAGAGAUUUGAGGGGCCAAGAGACCCGAAGUGACCUAGUUUGGCUAAGAAUAUUUGGGGAAGCCUAGUUGCCCCUUCCUGUUUCCUCUUCUCUUGGCAUGUUGAUUUUCUUGCUGUCACAAAUGCCCAAGUACAUGAAUGAUCCCAAGAUAGGAAAGAUUCUAGGGGACAGCCUUUAGCACAGGACUGAGCCCAAGAUUGAGAUGUUUUCAAAUGAACAGAUGUGUAGCUAGGAAAAGAAAAAUCUUUUUGCCUUCAUGGCUGUCAUGUUGGGAGAACUUGCUCUUUGGUUGGGAACUGUCAGGCCAUACUAAUGCUUCAUUUUGUGUAAUGCCACAGAUAAUUAGGAAUUGAGUGGUCAGGACAGCCAUUUUUAAUGUUUGUGUGGUUUGAAUUUUCAUAAAUCGUAUUUUAACUAAAGCAUUACUGCGUAAAGGAAUUCUUGGGUGAAUCCUUCUAUGAAUCUCUCAGUGUGCCUUGGAUUUUGAUAUUUGGAGUCUUUUUAAAAUGGAAUACACAUGUUUAUUUGGAUUUGGCUUUGCCUUGUGGAUAAUCCUGAGUCAUGCUUUAGAGAAGUUCCUUCUGUGUUCAAGGGCUCAGAUGUCUGAUGAUCUCUCAAAGCCAGAUACUCCCAUUUACCUGUUGUUCCCCCUUCUGAGCUCCUGAGAGAGGAGGAUUAGGAGAGAUUGGAAGCAAAUUUACCCUGUCUCCACACCCGUGCUCUAAAACGUGUUCAUUCGCACUCUCAAGUUUCUCAGUUUACCACAGAAACUUUGUUGAUGCUACUGCCAUUCGUGUUUUCACAUUUGUUUAGUACUUGCCAGUUUACCAACAAUUUUCUAAUCGUAAUCUCAAUUUGUUUUCUUCAAGAAGAAGCUGGGCAUAAAGAAUGAUUUACUCCGGGUCUCAUAGUAAUGGAGCAGACCUGGGAUACAGAUCCUCACCUGUGUCCAGUUCUUUAUCCUCUCUGCUGGCGUGCAUGUGACUUCAGAACCGUACUCCCGAUCUGUUACCCUGUAGGCCAGUUGUCUUUAUGUUGUGCCUAAGUGUUAUCAUUACUUUUGGGAAGGUGGUAUCAUUCUGUUUUACCUUACAGAAACGGAGGGUAAGAGGAAUUUUAUGGUUUCGUGACUAUUUGUGACAAUGUUUUAGCAUUAAAGUCAUUUUUCAACUUAAAGUGCCUUCCUUCGAGAACUCAUGGAGAGAGGAGAGAGAAAAAAGAAUUAGUUUUUGGACAACACAGUCUAUUUUUGCAGUGGUUCUGGUUAAGGAUAACCUAACACCAUAAUCACAUUCUCCUUGUGUGUCUGGCUACUUGUGCCAGUCUGUACGUGAAUGUUAACCCAAAAGACUCCUUUAGAUGUCGCUGAACUAGUUACUAUAAAAAGUGUUUCACUUUCAAACUCCCACAUUUCAAGAACAGAGGAACUCAGCACAAAGCCCUCCACUGGAAACUGCCAGAAGGGAGAGAAGAUGAAAAGCAAAUGAAUCAUUUUCUAAUUGUUAACAGCUCUGGAAAAUGACUUAGUAGAAGAGGUUGAAGGUCUUCUGGAAAUUCUUUUGGAUUAUUUUUAUUUCAUUCAUCUGCAUUGUCUCUGAGAUGUUCCUGAUCAUCAUCACUUGAGAGGUUGAUUAUCCAGCUGUUGGAUGACCAGGAAUCUUCUUGGGUUUUUUGAUUUAUUUCUUGCUGUAUCUGAGCAUCUCCACAGAGGAUAUUUAGAGUUUCCCUGGAACCUGGGCUCCCCGAGACGCAGCACUGGAGCAGAUGGAUAAUGGAGACUGGGGCUAUAUGAUGACUGACCCAGUCACGUUAAAUGUAGGUGGACACUUGUACACAACAUCUCUCACCACGUUGACGCGUUACCCGGAUUCCAUGCUUGGAGCUAUGUUUGGGGGGGACUUCCCCACAGCUCGAGAUCCUCAAGGCAAUUACUUCAUUGAUCGAGAUGGACCUCUUUUCCGAUAUGUCCUCAACUUCUUGAGAACUUCAGAGUUGACUUUACCCCUGGAUUUUAAGGAAUUUGAUCUGCUUCGGAAAGAAGCAGACUUUUAUCAGAUUGAGCCCUUGAUUCAGUGUCUCAAUGACCCCAAGCCUUUGUAUCCUAUGGAUACUUUUGAAGAAGUUGUGGAGUUAUCUAGUACUCGGAAGCUUUCUAAGUAUUCCAAUCCAGUAGCUGUCAUCAUAACCCAGUUAACCAUUACCACCAAGGUCCAUUCCUUACUAGAAGGUAUAUCAAACUAUUUUACGAAGUGGAAUAAGCACAUGAUGGACACCAGAGAUUGCCAGGUUUCCUUUACUUUUGGACCCUGUGAUUAUCACCAGGAAGUUUCUCUUCGAGUCCAUCUGAUGGAAUACAUUACAAAGCAAGGUUUCACAAUCCGCAACACCCGAGUGCAUCACAUGAGUGAGCGGGCCAACGAGAACACAGUGGAGCACAACUGGACUUUCUGCAGGCUGGCCCGGAAGACCGAUGACUGACCUUCAGCCUGAGAGAAGUUCCUACAAAUGGACUCCCCAAGGAGAUUGAAGAGGCUGUUUUUUGUUUGUUUGGUUUUUGUUUUUGUUUUUUAAAUCACAGUGUGAGGAUUUUUUUUUUUUUAAUAUUUGUAUUUAUUUGAAGGCAUUGGGGACCAGCAGGAAGUUUUGUGCUUUAGCAGACUCCUCUUUGUGUGGUUCCCUUCACCCUGAGUAUGCAUGUGCCUGUUCAGAGCCUCCAGAUACCUUUUUUAUAAAAAGAAGUCUGAAAAUCAUUAUGGUAUAUAAUCUAUCCUUAACAACCCUUUUUUUAUUACAGUGCUAAGAUGAUUUCUGAUUAAACAGUUUCUAACUCAACUAGAAGGCUAAAAAUGCAGGAAUGAAAGAAAAAACGGAGUACUCAUGAUGAUGCCUUUGAGAAAAAUCAGAACAUCAUAUAGGGUGACCUAGUUUUCAAACCAAUAAGCAAGCAGUAUUGUAAUAUUAAACGAAAACUGUUCAAUCAUUUAAAAGUACUUGUUAAGUACUGCUUUUUACAGUUAUGACAACUGUUUCUUUCUAUGCAUAUAAAUCAAGCAACCAAAUAUCUGUAGCCAUGGAAAUGUCUGACUAGAAAUAUUUAUAUUGGAUUCUGAAUACAAAAUGUCCCUGUGGUAGAAAUCUUACUUCUUAGGCCUGGUAAGGUAUAAUUCCCAAGUGUACUGUCUACCAGGAAAACAAAAAACCAAUAAUAAAAAAUGAAAUGUGAAAAUUA